CCAGGGAGACAGGGCCAUGUGGCUGUCCCCAGCUCUGCUCCUCCUCUGCCUCCCAGGCUGUUUGUCUCUGUGGGGCCCUGACUCUGUGACCGGCACCGUGGGAAGCUCUCUGAGCCUGCAGUGUCACUAUGAGCGGGCAUACAAGGGAUAUAGCAAAUACUGGUGCAGAGGACAACAUGACACCGAUUGUCACAGUAUUGUGGAGACCAAAGGAGGAGAGAAAGUAGAGAGGUAUGGCCGCGUGUCCAUCAGAGACUCUGCUGAUGACCUCACCAUAACAGUGACCAUAGAGAACCUCAGUGAAGACGAUGCUGGAUCAUAUUGGUGCAAAAUUCAGACAAUAUGGAUCCUGGAUAUAUUUUCGCGUGACCCCUCCUUCCAAGUCCAGGUGUAUGUUAGCCCAGCCACUCCCACCCCCUGGGUGACCACAGCGCCCAUCACGUCUGCUUUGCUGAGAGUGAGCAGUGGGCAGAACGACAGCAUCGAGGACGUGCUGGCCCCCCACUCCUGGUCCCUGCUCAGCAGUGUCCACUUCCUGCUUCUCGUCUUCUUGAAGGUGCCCCUGCUUCUGAGCAUGCUCAGUGCUGUCCUCUGGGUGAACAGGCCUCAGAGGGCCCCUGGGGGUGGACAGAGACUGCUUGUUUGGAACCUCUACAGUGCGCCACCCCAGAAAUGCCCUGCGUAAGGACGAAGCUCCUUCGGACUGUACGAGAAGGACUUUUGACUCUGGACUCCAGGGCGGGGAGGCAGCAGUCACCAGCUUCUGUAGGGACUUCUGUAAGGAGGGGCCUGGGUCUUAGAGGGCUCUUCUUUGGAGUCCUCGGCAUGGAAGAGGGAGUGAAACUCCCCUGGGCCCCUGUUUUGGGGGUCCUCUUUUCUCCUCCCGGCUCAUGCCCACUUCCCAAGGCCAAGAAUUCUCUGGGAUUUUCAUGCUCGUGCACAAAAGCAUCUGAGGUCAGUUUCCCCAGGGGAGAGUCGCCUCCUUCCUACAGAUGGGAGGCUCCCUGAGGAGCCUUUGGGCUCACAGGGCUCCACCCCCUCUCCUGGGACGACCCAGGGCUCUGGGUCCUGCUCAGGCAGCUCCCCACUUUCCUGAACACUCAGGGUUCCUUCCCCUCUUCUGGGGCUUUUGGGUCUCCCUGGGCUUUAAGCCUCGCUGGGUCCCUGUGAGCAGGGAGCAAGGGCUCAGCACAUCUGCCUAGGCUGGUCAUGGCUGCGCGGCUCCAUGGGACUGGGUUGGAGCAGCAAUGGGAGGAGGAGGCGGUGGCUUCCCCUAACACCACUCCUGAUCCUGGGGGUCUCUUCUGCUCGGUGUUGACCAAGAGUCCAUCUGCCUGAGACCACCUGUCAGCAGUCAGUCCCUUCCCCGGGGUGGGCAGCUUUUCACAGGCAGGGUGCAGGCUGGGAGGUGAGGAGCACUCUACCACCCGGGGACCCGAGCCCAGGAGGAGGCGCCGCUGGCUGAACGCCUCAGUUGCUCCCCGUGUGGCUUGCGAGGGGAUUCCACUGUCUGCCCCAGCGUCACCAUCUCCUCUCACUCCCUGCUCUGGGCCAGUCCUCUCCCUCCCCCCAGGCCACUCCUGCCCUGAACUAGUGAUGCCAGUUUCCAGAGAGGGGACACAUCCAGAGGACAGCAUGAGUGAAAACAGGGUAGAGGCAGCCAUUAUGGUAACCGUGGCCCCUGGGAGACCUGUCCGCAGAAGGGUGCUGUCCCCUGUGGUUUUCACGGUGAGCUGUGUCCAAGGUGAGCUGACCUGGAGCUAAGGUGGAGCAUGUCAUGGGGCAGAGGCUUGACUCUGGCCUAGGUUUUUAUUUUCAUUUAUUUAUUUUUUGAGGUGCUGGGAUUGAACCCAGGGCCUCGUGGACCACUGAGCGGCACCCCCCGCCCUUAAGCUUUUAUUGAGAACAGUUGGGUGGGCUUGGCCAGAACAAGAGGAGAUGGUGGGUGUCCUCUAGGAGAGCUUACUUAGCCAACGUGGCAGGCUCCAGCCUGAGGGCCAGAAGAAGGGGCGUUGUCGACAGAUGUGGGCUGGUCAGCAGCAGGCCUGGGGAUGCAGAGCUCACGUUUCUGUGUGUGACCGGGGUCACCAGGCAGAGGGUCUCGCAGGAAGCUAGAGAGGAGAGCCAGUAGAGUGUGAGGGCUGGGGAGGAAGGCGUGUGUCCAGAGCACUGGAGCCCAGAGAAGGUGAACUGGGCGGGGAAGUCUCAGGACCAAGGACAGAGCCCACGGCCACCACCAGGGGUAGGAGGAGACACUGACCAAGGCCGAAGGAGAGAGGCCAAAGCCCAUGCAUGUCUCAAGGAGAGCCCAGCUAGAGAGGCACAGGGAGCAGGGCCAGAAGGGGCCACGGAACUUACAGUUCAGAGUCACCGUGGACGCCCAGGACAGCGGGUCAGCAGGCAGAGAUCAGAAGGAGUGGAUAGGUGGCCAGAACUGGGGGACAGGCAUGGUGGCUUCCUAGGCUUUAACACUCCCUCCUCCUCCCCUCCAUCCCAGCCUUCCUUCUAGGUUUCCUUUAUUUAUCCAGUCUUCAUUGCCUUUAUUUCUCCAUCUCUGGUUGUCAUUUUGAGUAUGUCACAUAAAUGGAAGUAGACAGUAGGUAGGAUCGACUUUUGUUUUAAACUAAGCCCUUAAGAUCCUUGGUUGUUGCAGUUAUCGUCCAUUCCUUUUCAUUGCUGAGUAGUCUUCCACUGUUUGAAUGUAGCAAGCUUUGUUUAACGACUUGCCUGUUGAAGACUGUUUGGAUUGUUUCCUGGAUUUUACUAUCAUGAAUAAAGCUGUUGUGAAUGUUCACAUAUAAA